AUGGAUGACAACGACAGGGCCAUUUCUCGUCUUUUCAGGACGUUCAAAACAGUGAAGGAAAUGGUUAGGGAUAGAGGCUACUAUAUAUCCCAAGAGGAACUCGAUAUGACAUUGGAAGAAUUCCGUGCAAAAGUUUGUGACUCGAUGGGUUACCCACAACGUAAACUCAUGUGUUUCCAAGCUACACCUACUGCGGAGCAAUUGGACAAAUUUCCUGAAAUGGGUUCACUUUGGGUUGAGUUUUGCGAUGAACCUUCAGUUGGUAUCAAGACGAUGAGAAACUUUUGUAUACAUAUUAGUGAAAAGAAUUUUCAAGUUGGUAUUUUCAUUUAUCAAAAUAGCAUUACACCAAGUGCGAACAAGUUGAUCCCCACUGUGCAGCCAGCUAGUAUUGAGACAUUCCAAGAGACGGAUUUGAUUGUCAAUAUCACGCAUCACGAAUUAGUACCCAAACAUAUCAAAUUGAAUAGAGAGGAGAAGAAGGAAUUGUUGGAGAGAUAUAGGUUGAAAGAGUCGCAGUUGCCAAGAAUACAGAGGGAGGACCCAGUGGCUAGAUACUUGGGGUUGAAGAGAGGCGAGGUUGUUAAAAUCAUUAGAAGAUCGGAAACGUCAGGACGAUAUGCAUCAUACAGAAUUUGUUUGUAA